UCAAUUUUAGUGUAUCUAAAGGUUUCUUUCCUUAGCCAAAUUUCGAAACUAUAUAUAUAUAUAUAUAUGGGUUUGGUCUUGAAAGGAUUAAUCUAAAAUAGAGUACUGCAACCCGCGGGUCGGGUACCCGUACCCGUACCUGGGUACGGGUAUGACAUUAACGGGUACGGGUGCGGAAUUAACGGGUACGGGUAGGGUACGGGUAAGAAAUUAACGGAUAUGGGUAAGAACCGUUAUACUCAACUUUAAUGUUACCGUUUUGUAGCGACAUACUUGAUCACACAGAUGAUUGGUCGUUCUGUGAAACUAUCAACGAUGUAUAUGAAACCGUUCGAAAAAAAUGAUAAAUACUUUCAUUUAUUGAUACUUUAUUUCAUCUUGAUAUAUUGGGUUUUUUGUGAAUUUUGGUAUAUUAAUUAUGUCUGUGAUCGAUAAAGAUUCAAUUAAAAAAAAAGUUAGAUAGUGGUGAAUUUAAGUCUUGUGAUAAACCAACAGGUGCUAGUGCUGGAUGGUGGCAGUCAUUCAAACGUAUUCAAGAUGGAAAAGAAAAUAUUAUUCCUUUUGUAACAUGUAUUCAAUGUAAAACAAUUCUAUAUUACGAUGCACAAAAAACUGGUUCUAAAACACUUAAGCUUCAUUAUGAAAAUUGCAAAAUAGGACCUGUUAUAGCACCUAAAAUUACAACUCAUUUUACUAGUCAAAAAUAUGAUAAAGUUUCGAUCCAUUGUGAAUAUUGGAGUUACGGUCACGAGUAA